GCCGAGCCCUGGCGUCGCUCGCACGCGCUCACUUCUCUUGUGCCGCGGCGGCUGCGCGUGAAAUUUCACUCGUUAACAAGUUUGCUGCGCGCGCGGAUCUACCGGGGAGCACACACACUUACACACACACUAACCACUGAACACUCGGCUCACACACUGCUCCAGCAGCAGCAGCUCAGCGGACGCACACACACACGGCGGCUCGGAUCACGCGGGGACACAGCGCACUACUGUAGAGACAGGUUGUUUAGGUGCAGGACAUUAUGACGGAGGUGAUGAACACCUGUGAGUCGGCAGUGGGGGAUUACGGAGCAUCUGGAGACCAAAACAUCACUUUUCAGAUUUUUCCAGAAUCACACGAGCGCUACCCUAAGCUGUCCAAGCGCUUGCCGUCCAUCGUGGUGGAGCCCACUGAAAGUGGAGAGGUGGAGAGUGGGGAGUUGCGGUGGCCUCCAGAUGACCUGAGCCCUACAGAAGAAAGCAGAGAAGCUCAGGGCCAGAAGACAGGUGAAGAGACGACGGCGGAGGUUGAGGAGGCUGGCGGAGUGACAGCGAACUGAUGGGCAGUAGCUGGCACCAACCCAACCUAAUACUGUGAACGUCUUCAUGAUGGACAAGAGCAUGAGCAAGAGGCUCCAACAGUUAGGUCUGACUACAGUAUCACCCGCACUAGAGCCACCCACCUGUCGACAGACCUCCAAUCCAGUAGGGGGAAGCAGAGGCCUGGGAGAUCGUCUUCGCUGAAAUAACUCACGUGCCAAACUCUAGUGGUAGCCAGCUACUGUGAUUGAGUUGUACAUUCUUUUCCUUCCUGUAACCAUUCAUCUGCAAUAUUUUCACUAGACUUCAUUUGUGCCUGGUUUUUAAAUAAUGUAUCCACUUUGAGGUAGCGUAUGUAUUUAUUUGCUUUUGACCAAAGUCUUAAACAUUUGACCCUUUUGACCUUUUAACCUACCACCCCCAUUAGUCCACAGCUUAUGAUUUGAUGUGUAAUGCAGAAAUUCAGUAUAUCUCAUAAGAUAAAUUUCAAGCAAUGUAGACAUGUAGUUCAUCUACAAUAGUGCUUUGUUCACAAAUGUAGAAUAUAAUAUUAAUAUGUACAGUAGAUUAUAUUUUAUGAUGUGUUUUCAGAACCUUCUUAUAUUAAGUUCAGUGUAAAGCAGCUGUAACAUAAUAUCUCAAUAUUCUUUAACCAUGUUUUUCAUUUGUUCUUUAGAUCUCGGGACACAUUUGUACAGUUGAUUGGCCAUCUACAUUGUUACAUUUUUUUCUCUCGAUAUAACACAAUAUUUCUUCUGCUUCUGUUGUGUUUUUAGGUCAUCGUUAAAGAAACUGUCUGCAGUCACAGAGAUUGUUUUUUUUUCAGUUUUGCAAAUAUAUAUUAAAAAGUAAUUAUAAUUUAUCGUAUUAGUCUGUAGUCACAUUAGCCAACCAUUAAAAAUACAAGAAAAAAAUAACAAUCUCUGGAUUGUACCAGUUUAAUAACUUUAACCUAUCCUGUUAAAAUGCCACGAAUGUACUUUUCAUGGUAAAUCUGUUACAAUAACAAAGCACCUUGCUUAGAUGUAUGGAAUCUAUAAUAGCACUGUUGAUCACUUUCUACUGAGGUGCUGACUACCUUGGUUUGACCACUUAUUAAAGGCACAUAUGCUGCGA